CUCCUAUGAAGCUGCCUCAGCCCUCUCCUAAGGAACCUGCCCAAUGGAACCGCACUCUGGAACCUCUGGAACCUGCCAGUGACAACUUAUUCUGCAAAUCUAAGGAAGGACCUUUUGCAACUUUAAACUGAAAAGAAGGCAGUUUGCCACUUUGUAUUGUGGAUUUGAUACCUGCAACUUUGUAUUUGCAUUCAGCUCUGCCUGUCUGGAACUUCGAAUCCAAAUUCUAAGGCUCAACAACCUGGAACGAACUGACAUUUUGGCUACUUGUCUGACCACCUGCGACUUUUGAAAGCUGCAACUGAAUUCUAAAGAACAAACAUCUGGCGAUUUGCAACUUUGCUAAGAAGGGGGCGUCUUGUUGAACUGUGGCAUUGCAAGAAGGUGUUUAGGGGCAACUAGAGAAGGGGCUUUGGGUCACUUACCCUGGUGAGUAAGUCGCAUUACAACUGGGCAAAGUUCGGAUUAUGCCCCCCCACCUGUGGAUCUGAACCCCAUGGCCACCGCUGGAAGUGACAACAUGUCCUAUGAGCAGAACUUCAGUGUCCCCAAUGCCACCAGUAUCCAAAACCUUGUGGCUCCGAGGGGCAGCACUCCCCCCAUCAUCCCAGCUGUCAUGUUCCUAUUAGGGGUGGUGGGGAACCUCAUUGCCAUCAUUGUCCUGUGCAAGUCCAGGAAGGAACAGAAGGAGACCACCUUCUACACCCUGGUGUGUGGUUUGGCUCUCACCGACCUGCUGGGGACCUGCCUGAUAAGCCCAGUGACUAUAGCCACCUACAUACAGGGGGAAUGGCCGGGGGGACAUGCCCUGUGUGAGUACGGCUCUUUCAUCCUUCUGUUCUUUGGGCUGGCUGGUCUGAGCAUCAUCUGCGCCAUGUCCAUCGAGAGGUACCUGGCCAUUAACCAUGCCUAUUUCUACAACCACUAUGUGGAUAAGAAGUUGGCAGGGCUCACACUCUUUGCGAUCUACGUCUCCAAUGUGCUGUUUUGCGCCCUGCCCAGCAUGGGACUGGGGAAGACCACCUUUCAGUACCCCAAGACGUGGUGUUUCAUUGACUGGAGAACCAACGUUUCGACCUACGCGGCUUACUCUUACAUGUACGCGGGUUUCAGCUCGUUCCUCAUCCUGGCCACGGUGCUGUGCAAUGUGCUGGUUUGCGUGGCGCUAAUCCGUAUGCACAGGCAGUUUGUGCGCCGCACUUCCCUGGGGACGGACAAUAGGCUGUCGGACUUCAGGAGGCGCAGAAGCUUCAGGAGGAUGGCCGGGGCCGAGAUCCAGAUGGUCAUUGUGCUCAUCGGAACAUCAGUGGUGGUGGUGAUCUGCUCUACCCCCCUAGUGGUUCGUAUUUUCAUUAAUCAGCUCUACCAGCCGGCGGUGGUUGAGGAUAUCUCAAAGAAUCCAGAUCUGCAGGCCAUCCGAAUGGCAUCGGUUAAUCCCAUUCUGGAUCCUUGGAUUUACAUCCUCCUCAGGAAGACUGUCUUGAGCAAACUGAUAGAGAAAAUCAAGUGUUUAUUCUGUCGGAUUGGUGCGCGCAGGAGGCCACACUCCGCAGGAAGUUUCAACUGCACAGAAGGAAGAAGGGCCUCCUCCGCUCUCUCCAGUCAUUCUCCUUCAUUCAUUUCUCGGGAGCUUAGAGAAGUCAGUUCGACUUCUCAGACUUUACUCUAUCCCCUAGAACUGAGUGAUGGUAGUUUGAAAGGGAGCGCUGUGUUGCCAGGAACCACAAUAGCCAUUAACCUGCCUGGAUCAACAGAUAGGACGUUGCGGGGUUCUGAUCAGUCCGUUUCUUCUCAGGGUCCAGAGUCAGAGCAAGUGUCACUUGUGAAUGAGACAAAACCCACACGAGUAACUCAAAAUGGUUCUUUGUCAAAGGGAAACCCACUCCGAGUCACAUUUCCUAACGAAACAUUACAUUUAUCAGGAAAAUCCAUAUAAAACAAUAUGCUACCCCUAGAGUGUGUAGGUAGAUGUUUAAAUGAACAUUGCACUCUUCUCUUUGAUGAUCAUCAUCAUAAAGGCUUCAUAUAAUCCAAUCACUGAAUAUGAUGAAGUUCAGUGACCUAGAAACAUUUCUCCUUGGAAUUGAGGUUGGUUUAUCGAACAUACAGAUUUGCCAUUUGAGACGCUAUUACCUAUAACACUGGCACUUUUUUGAGAGGAAUAUGCCACCUUUUUAAGGUGUCCAUUUGCUUAUGGGGGCAGAAGAGAAAGUGCUUGAUGGCUCCCAGUUUGCCACUUUCCAUUGACUAUUUCUGGACAAAGGCAAUUUGUCUGUUGUUAUGAUGUCAGUGUGUCUAAGCUUUAAAAUGUGAAUUUAAAUGGAUACGCUCUAUGUCUGUAUUCGGAAUGUAAAUGUAUUUAUUGUCUUCUCUGUGAGAAGGGUUUUUUUUGUUGUUUUUUUAAUCAGACAGCCUAGUGAAUGAAUUGUAAAUGCGUUAUCCUCUUCAUUCUUCUCGAAUGUCUUGAGGAGAAGACUUUCUUAGAGUUCUAGAUCAGGAAUGCCCAUGUUGAGGGAAAAGAAACUGUUUUUUGAAAAAAUGUAUUGCUUCUAAAGCUUUCUUAAGGAACUUUUGGUUCCAUCCCCCCAUGCAUUCCAUUUGAGACUGAAUAAUAAAACUUAUUACAUAAAAGAACAAUGCCCCGGUGGCAUUAUAAAUACAUUUAAUUGAUUUGUUAAUAGCGGUACUGUUUGAGAACUGAACGAGGGCAUUGCCUGUUCUAGAACACCCUUUUGACCAUACUCUUAUGCAGGUCCUACAGAAAUCAAACCAGACCAUUCUAGAUGUGCGCUCAAGGAUGCCUUAAUAAAACAUAUUUCCUUAGUCUCAUGAUCAUAAUAUGAUGACAUUUGGAAGAGCUGAACAUAUGCCCUAUCUUGCCCUUGCUGAAGAUGAUCAUAGUACAUUGUGUAAUUUACUAAUCAGAUAUUUCAAAGAAAAAUAUCAUCUGUAGCCUGUCCCCAAAUACUUACAUCCACUUAACCAACUUGGGAAAACCAUCUGUUUAGUGAGAAUAUUUUUCUAAUUUUAUAAACAUGGAGAAUCAGUUCCAAAAAGGCAAUGGAAUGACUCAUCAGGCUGGGCUAGUCCAAGCUCAUUAAAAGAAUAAUAAUAACAGACUCCUUGGAAUUGCAUUGUUUUCAGUAUUGCUUAAUAUAUUUGCUUCAUAUUGUAGCUUGUAAUAAGUAAAAAAUUGAAAAGAAUGAAAAUACUUCUGUACCAUUUCUUGUGCGGUUUUCGACUGCACGCCUGCCAUUGGCCAAGGAGAUUCAGAGACGUUAGCUUGCUGUCACUUGACGUAAGUGAUGGGAAUCAACAGUAAGAACUGGCUACGAGAAAAUAUAAAUAAAACAACUUCCUGGCAACUUGCUUGGUUCCUAUUAAUUAUCUUAAUAUUAAUUGUGUCCUAUAAAGGUAAUUCUAGAGGAAACUUUAUGGGGGUAUCCUUCCGCCUGUAGUGGGGGCUGCAGUAGGAUGAUGCUAGAGGAGCUAAAGUUGACUUUCCUUGGGAUAUACCCAUAGCUCAGCACCAAUGGAUCAGAAUUACCUAUCCAUUACACCUAUCCAUUAAUGAUACAGACAUAUGUCCUGGUUUUGUCUGAGAUCAAACGGAAAGCUGUGAAUCAAUGUUCUAUUCAUUUGACAAGGUGGAUGUUGACUUGAGUAUAGAUCUCUAGUCGAUGCCUGGGGAGAUAUUUAGCACAUUCUAUUGAAAGGGGGACUGGACCAGACUCGAUCCUGUGUCUGGAAUUAUUGAUUCCUAAAACAAUUCAACCACUACCAAGAUCUUACACUGGAGUGUUUCUACUUGUUGCACUUGGAGAACAGUAUAUUGCAGAACCCAUGACUAAAAUCUGCCCCUGAAUACUUAAUAAUUGUGUGCCCCGCUGGGCUUUGGGGGGGUUAGUAAGCAUCACAUUUAUUUUACAUGUAGCUACCUAGAGACACAUCUGGUACAUGGAGGCAACUCAACACGGGGCUACACUUCUGCAGUGUUUUGCAUUAAGGGUUGGACUUGAUGGACUCAACCCUAUGUAACUAUUAAAAAGUGGAUGAAUGCUUUGUGUAUCUACUUUUUGAUGCAAUGAACCCCAAGGGUGUAUCCCCAUGUUGAACUACAUCCAUGUACCGGUUCUUUCUCUGGAUAGCUUGAGGUUGAAACGAAGCACCUUAUUACCACCUCAUCCUGCUACAGAAGUACAUCAUCAUCUUCAGCCAAGCAUUUCUUGGGUUCUUUCCAACAUGUUUUCGAAUCCUUUACAGAUAUUUGAAGGCUUCUUUUUAACGGAAAAAUAUUCAACCAUCAAAUAAGCAUGUUCUGUUCUGCUUUUUGUGUCCACGUGGAUUGCUUUAUUUGUGAUUACAUUCUGAGCCUGUUGAAGGUGAAAUUGUUGUAUUGACCAAAAUAUUUUUGGAGGAUGUCACAAUAAAACUGCCUUGCUGAAAUAUA